AUGAAGGAAGGCUGCAAUGUCCCUGGAAAGAUAUUGUCUGAUUCUGCUACUAAUUUGGUUGAAAUGACCUUGAAAAGCCAAGGGAUUUCUGUAAGUCCUUCACUCCAUAUAUAAAGAGCUUCAAAAAUGAGACUUCAGGACAGCGCCUGUGGCCUUCACAAAUAAGAACUGAGGAGCCAGGAGAGGGGCUGUGAGAUAUUAGCAAGAUAUCAGCAAGAUAUUAGUUCACCUGAAAAUUCAUCUUUAAGGGGAUGAACAAUCAAUACAUCCGUCGGGAAGUCUUUUGCUGUGAAACAUGUCACGAUCUCAAAAACUUCUGGGAAAAAGAAAUUAGCAAACAAACUUGUUACCGGGAACUGGAAAAAGAUCGUCAGGAAAGGAGUGCCCUGAAAAAGCUCAGGGAAGAAUGGAAACGGCGACUGGAGGAAAGACUGCAAAUGCUGGACAAUCCUGGGAAGAAGGAAAAGCAGGGUAAUAUUGUGGGCUGAUUUAUUCCUGCCUCAUCCACCUUGAAGAUAACAAACCACCAAAGGCACUUUCUUAGGAGAUAAAACUAACACCCUUAUGAUAUGAUUUGCUAAGCAGGACAUCCUCGGUUUGUUCUCCCAUUUGUGAGGUGAUUUACACGUGAAACCUACCACCUGUCCCCCACCCCAUGCUAAUGGAACUUACAGAAGUUGUUAUCCAACUCACUCCUUCCUGCACAGAGGACAGGAUGACUGACAGUGGGAUAUGGAGCUCAGGUUAUUUAAUAUUAAAAGCUCUUGGAAUUAGCACUUCCCCAGUUUCAAAG